AUGGGUCUCGUCGUCUCCGCCGCCGCCUCCUGCAGCGACCUCCUCGGCCGACGCCGCUCCACGCCCCCGCCUCCGCCGAUCCCGGCCCGUGCGGCUAGCACCCAACAGCCCGACGACGGCACCACGCCGGAGCCGGAGCUCGUCCGCGUGUUCCGCCGCUUCGACGCGGACGGCGACGGCCGCAUCUCGGCGGCCGAGAUGCGCGAGUCCUGCGGCUGCACGGCCGCCGAGGCCGAGGAGAUGGUCGCGGCCGCGGACCGCGACGGGGACGGCUUCAUCAGCCUCGAGGAGCUCGUGGCGCUGUUCGAGGACGGGGACCGGUCCGACGCGCUGCGCGCCGCGUUCGCCGAGUACGACGAGGACGGCGACGGCGGGAUCACGGCCGAGGAGCUGCGCCGCGCGCUGCGGAGGCUCGGCCUCUGCGGGGAGGAGAUGACGGCCGAGCGGUGCGCGGAGAUCGUGGCGGCGGUGGACCGCAACGGCGACGGGGUCAUCUCCUUCGACGAGUUCAAGGCAAUGAUGGCCACGGAGCCGGCGGCGUGAGCCAGACGCGCCGGCCCCACGCGUACGUCUUGGUCUCGGAUCGUUCGUCGAUGCACGUAUGCAACUACUGCCGUAUGCCCUAAUUAGCCUUUUAGGGUUUCACGUUCUAAUGGUUGGUUCUAGUCUGGUUCGCGAUCGGUUCGUGAAGCUUUUUGAAUUUUGAUGUUACGAAGGUUAACUGAAAAUCUGGAGCUGUGAUUCAGGAGAGAGAUCUGAGUGUA